ACGCGUGUACAUGCGUGUGUGUGUGUGUGUGUGUUGGUGUGGGGGUAGGGGCUAAUCUCAGCGGCGCCACCUUAAAAAAACAGUCUCGCGUACCUGUCAAUCUAGACGAACCAGACAGACCCUGGCGCGCGGCCCUGUCGCGAGACCCACUACUUCAUUGGCCGACAGCGGAUUCCGUGUGAGACCUGACCGCCUAUUGGCUGCAGCACGUCGAGACACUGACGCGCACGAUGUCUCCCCUCUAUUGUUAUUGUGGCGUGCGCGAGGGGAGCAGACAGGAUGCACGAGGAGACAGCGGGGCUGAUGAAAGACUCAAACAACCGAGACAUAUCAAGCUAGCGCACCGUACCGUACCGGGAAAGACGUUAGCUUGGUCCGUUACCGGGCUCCAGGUCCGGUACCAGCGAGUGUAAACACAGACAGCGGCUCUGCUCAACGCGCACAUCACGUACACACGUAUCUUGAGUACAACUGCGACCUUUUUGUCUAACUUCUCCUCUCAACUCUGGCUAAUGUGGACUGAUUCAGAGCUGGGCCAUCAUGAUGCCAGUGAACUCUCUGGUCACUCAUUGGCUGACCAACUUAAUACCAGCAUCAUGUCAGUGAACCCUCCGAGCAGCAAUGACGCCUGCCUCAGCAUCGUCCACAGCCUCAUGUGCCACCGGCAGGGGGGGGAGAACGAGGGCUUUGCUAAGCGGGCCAUCGAGAGCCUCGUGAAGAAGCUGAAGGAGAAGAAGGACGAGCUGGACUCGCUCAUCACCGCCAUCACCACCAACGGUGUCCAUCCCAGCAAGUGUGUCACCAUCCAGAGGACACUGGACGGCCGGCUUCAGGUGGCAGGGAGGAAAGGUUUCCCUCAUGUCAUUUAUGCACGGCUGUGGCGCUGGCCUGACCUCCAUAAAAAUGAACUCAAGCAUGUCAAGUUCUGCCAAUACGCCUUUGACCUCAAGUAUGACAAUGUAUGUGUCAACCCCUACCACUAUGAAAGGGUGGUGUCGCCAGGCAUCGUUGGUCUCAGCCUUCAAAAUACAGCACCAGGCAGCCUGAUCAAAGAGGAGUAUAUCCAUGACUGCAUACAGAUGGACCUCCCACCCGGCAUGCCUCUGUCUGACCAUCAAGCCGCCAUGAAGCUGCCUCCCCCAGACCACUAUGGCCAGCCCUUGCAUCCCCCUCAGCUGUCCUCUGAACCUCAUGGACCACCACCUGUCACCAGAUACACCAACCUGCCGGUCUCACCCAAAGUCUCUGGCUCCAUGGUACCACUGCAGGGCGGACACGGCGACGGCCGUCUCCAAACCGCAUCGCCGCAGGCUCCAGUGAUGACCUCGGCGCCACGACCUCCGACCCCAACUCAACCCCCUCUUCAGCAACAGGCUGCGCAGCAAGCCUCACAGCCCCCCCACCAACAGCCCUCCCUACCUCCUUCUCACACGCAUGGACAGAACGGUUACAGCAGCAGCAAACACUCUCAGGCUGCCUUCCACACCGUUUGGACAGGCAGCAGCACAGCCUCCUACACGCCCAUAGGACCCCAGCAGAACGGCCGUGGUCAUCAUCCAACCCACCACUGGCCUCAGCAUCACGGCUCGGCCUCUUUCCCUCCUUCUGUGUCCAACCAUCCAGGACCAGAGUUCUGGUGCUCUAUCUCCUACUUUGAAAUGGACGUUCAGGUGGGCGAGAUGUUCAAGGUGCCGUCCAGCUGCCCCAUUGUAACCGUGGACGGUUAUGUCGACCCGUCGGGGGGGGAUCGCUUCUGCCUGGGACAGCUUAGUAACGUUCACCGCACGGACGCUAGUGAAAGAGCCAGGUUGCAUAUAGGCAAGGGUGUGCAGCUGGAGUGUCGCGGAGAGGGCGACGUGUGGAUGCGCUGUAUGAGCGACCACGCUGUGUUUGUACAGAGCUACUACCUCGACCGGGAGGCGGGCCGAGCACCGGGCGACGCCGUGCACAAGAUCUACCCCGGAGCCUACAUCAAGGUGUUCGACCUGCGUCAGUGCCACAGACAGAUGCAGCAGCAGGCGGCGACGGCGCAGGCUGCUGCUGCUGCACAGGCAGCUGCCGUGGCAGGAAAUAUCCCCGGGCCAGGCAGCGUCGGAGGCAUCGCACCUGCAGUUAGCCUGUCGGCAGCGGCGGGGAUCGGCGUGGACGACCUGAGGCGCCUGUGCAUCCUGCGGCUCAGCUUCGUGAAGGGCUGGGGACCCGACUACCCGCGGCAGAGCAUCAAACACACGCCCUGCUGGGUGGAGGUCCACUUGCACCGUGCGCUGCAGCUUCUGGAUGAGGUGUUGCACACCAUGCCAUUGGCAGACCCAGGGCCUGCUAACUGAGGACGUAACCGUGUUUAAAUUCCAAUCUGGAUUCUAUGAAUGUGCACACACAUGCUGCCAAAAAUGCUAUCUAAUUGUUACACAACUCAAAUCAAUGAAAAACCUGGUGUUGGUGGUGUUUCCGAGGCUUUACUCUCUAAUCUGAAGUAGAAGUAGAAGGUAAAGCUUCUGACCAACUUAGGACCAACUGUCCUAAAGACAUUGGAUGCAUUGUAGAAACCCAGCUCCCUGAUUUGCAAUCUGGAGUCUUUAGAAUAGCACGAGUGUUCUAUACAUUCACUCAUUGAAGAGAAGAGAAACUGCAUACUUCUGGAGAUGCUGUGAGUAAAUUCAGACUGAACACAGACAACAUCACAGUUCUCUGUAAAUGGUUUCAACAACAGAAGCGAUGUAGAAGGAUUAAGGAAACCUGUUUUCUGUCAUCUGUGUGCUCGUGCUGCGCUCUUCACUGUAUGUUGAUAUAAACUGUUAGCAUUGUAGCUGUUUAGCCCUCGUAUUAUGCUCAGCCCAAGCUGUAGUAUUUUUGUACCAAAAAGCCAAAAACAUUUAGCUUUAAAGUAGUAUUGUUGUACUUUGUAUUGAAACAGUGCUGCCCUGUAUGUAACCAAAUGGUUGGUGUAAAUCAGCAAAGCCAAAAUACCUCAUAACUACAGUGCAAGGUCACAUUCUGUUUUACGCCUAAAGCGCACACACUGAAGUCAAUCAACGGAGCCCUUUGAUUGGACGGUGGCUACAUCACUCCCUACGCUUUGUAUUUAUUGAGCUUUAGAAUGUACCGUGCUGUGAUGUGGAGGAGCUAGAUGAGUGAACUGAUAAUGUGAGACUGUGGAACCUUAUUUAACUCAACACAAGCUGCACGGAUCCAUGCAGUGUGCUGUGGGUGGUCCUCUGCGCUGCAACCAAACCACAUGUUAAUGCUGUUCUUGCGCUAAAAUAAGGCUUUUAUUCCCAUCAAACUAAUUUCAUCAUUCAGGCUUGAUUUUUUUUUAAACAUUCAGAUAAAAUAGCAAUUUUCUUAUUUUGAAAUAAAGGCUAAAUGAGAAGAGAAUUGAAACCAUAAGCAGCAUAAUAUUAUUGGUUACUUGUGAUUCCAGUUACAUGAGGUGAUAUUACGUCUGUAACUAUUGGAAUACCUGUGUGCUAUCUUACCUGGGCUCCAAUGGGUUGACUAUACAAAAUUCUUUUUACCACUACACUCCACUAAAGUUCCAUCAAGUUAGUGAACUCUAGAAGUCUGUCUGAAGUGAAAGGCAUUGCUGAUUGCUAGCUUCUGAUCUGUUAGUUAAGCAGAGAAGUGGCUGCCAGCAGUCAUUACUUUAAUGUUAAUGUAACGCUAAUAAAGCUCCAAAGUAACAUAAAAUAUUGUUAUGGUUUCAACAAAGUUAUUAAUAUUACAUGAACAUUGAAGGCCCUCCAAACCAAUCCAGUGUAAAAGUAAUAAUGUGUAAAUGUAAACAUGCUUAUGAGGUCGCAUAUUUACGUGACAUCGUGUCAGGAGCUACAUGAACAUUUACUCAGUGUCAGUCCUUUCAGUAAAGGAAAGUAAAACAAUCCACAUCUCCAUCAGUAAUGUCAUCCAGUCGGAGAAAACCGUUUUGCACAGCAGAGAAGAUCAAGCAACAUUCUGAUGCAAAGUACAUAACGCUAGCUUGUGAUGACAGCGGCAUACUUUUUGCAAUGAGUCCAUCUGGGUUCAUCGAGGGGAUCCACGUAGUCCAUCACCUAACAAACCUCACCCUAGUUAACCAGAGAAAAUGGACAAUCAGAGGAUCGGCGGUCCGAUCCCUGGCCUUGUGGUGUCCAUGUUGGUGUGUCCUUGGGUAAGACACUGCAUGGCUGGUAGUUACUGGUGUCACUGUGCGUGCUAGCUCCUGUCAUCAGUGUGUGAAUGGAUGAAUGGUGUAGUGAUUAAAAGCUUUGAGACACACAAAUAGUGGACAUUUAUCUUGACUAAAAGGAGACUACAAUACAAAGACAAUCAAAGGCUGUUUCAGUCACUCACACAUUUAAAACUCGACCCAGGUAAGAGCCAGGAUUGGUUCCUGCAAUUACAUACCCAAAGAUGCAAAGGGUAAAGUUUAUGAAUACUGGAUUGUCCAUAUGUAAUUUUGUUCUACGUUUAAGAGCUGCUGGUAAACAUGGCCAGUGGAUGAGCUUUACAUUUAUCCACUCUAUUAAAGGUCCAGUGUGUAGCAUUUCUGGGGAUUUAUUAGCCGAAUCCUAUUCUUGUCCAAUGAACUGUUGUGCUGUCAGACUGGACUUAAGGAACAUGAGCAUCAGCGAGAGCUUUUCACAUUUUGUCCUUCCAAAACCAUGGUUACGCUAAUGGCAGUUGCCCAUAAGGCCGUCUUAUCAUGAUGGCGUCACUUGGCGGCUCACUGCUGGCAGGGGAGGAAGCCAGUCGGUUCUCCAAAUCCUACACACUGUCUCCUUAAGAGCAUCCUGUACAGAGAGUGGCCAUUACUGGCCAUGGAGACCACCUUUUAGGGACCCACAGUCCUCGCUCUGCGCAGCAAUGCAGUCCAACCUGUUAUGGGUCUUAGGAUUCCAAAUGAACUCCCUUUAGUGUUUCCAUAGUGUUCUGCUGGCUGUAACAGGGUUCCGUUCCGUGGAUUGUAGGCUUUUAGCCAGAACCAAACACGUUGAAUAAUCUCUUACCUCAGUAGGUAUUUAUGUUUGGAAGAACAUCUGUAGGAAAAUAAGAAUGUAUCUUUUUAAGCCAAAACCCAGAACAGCGUGCACACCUCAGACGUACAUCUCACCUUGUACAAGUGACUCACAUGGAAGGAGGACCCAGACAGGCCCACAGUGAACCGGGUGUUGGAUAGCUGGAAAGAGACGUACUGUACAAACCAACGGCUGGAGUUAAUGUCAAAAGGUACAAACUUUGGGUGAAUCCGAGUGUGCUACUCUGGGAAUCUUGGUUGUUUGAUAUUUUUCAUCUGAUUGAGCUGCUUAACAAAGAUCAGCCAUAUGCAUAUUUGUGAUUUGUGCCUUUUGUUAUUGACCGUAGACACACCAACACUGGAGUGAAAGACACGCUACAAAUGAAGAUGGAUGUUACACGUUGUGAUUUGGUUUCCCGCUGUGUCUGUGGUCCCCUCAGGUAUCUGUGUGGCUCAUUGAAGGUUUCUCAAUGGCUCAAACUGGUGGAUAGAAAACCUACUGUCAAAGCACUCACCAUGCCUGAGUAGUUUAUUUAUUGCCUUAGUCUUUUGUGAGUGUCAAAUAUGAACGAGUAUGCUUUGCACUGUUUUAAUAUUAGCAUGGACAACCCAAAUAGAUGUCACGUGGUCUGUUCUCUUCCAUAUUCAGGGAGGUGCACGUGUUCAAGUAGGCUUUUGCAGAUAAUGAGCAACUCAUCAUCAUCUUUAGCAGCAUCAUCAUCAUCAUCAAAGGUCCCCACCUCUCUCCAAUCAAAUCACAUCUCCGCCAUGAUGUGUCCAGAUGUGCGUUGCACUCAUCUAUGUGUGCGUCCUUAAUUAAUAUACCAAUGUGGGGACAGCUAACGUCUAGCUAGAACUUCAUUGUGCCACAGCCUGUCAGCAGGCGUCGGGUUUCUCCUCUUAUCUGACCGCUGUCUGCGAUACAAACGCCAUAAUCCAACAAGCGUUUUCAUUUUCACACGCUCUAAUGGGGGUUAUAUGACCAUAUCAAAACGAAAAAGAAAAGCUUCUUAUCAUUUUCUUAUAUUGUCUACUAUACAAAUUGAAAAUGAAAACUCAAUACAAACAACGUGCCUGGUUAUUGGUGUCACCAAGGUUGUCCCCUCACUCGUUGUCUGCAGCUGGGACCUCACAGCCACCUCACCUACGCUGGCGUUAAAAGAAAUAACACACACAGGGGACGCCCUGACUGACUGCACAGUGUGUAGUAUAAGUGCACGCUGUUUUUAUUUUUGCAUCUGAAUAUUGUCCACUGCACAAUAGAUUAUGCUUUAUCAAAUCAAAUGAAUUUCCAUUUCAAAUUGUUAGAAAAUUGCAUUUUUAUUCUGAUUCUGACUCAAAUGUUGCUUGCGUAAAUCCUAUUUAAAUAUUCUAAUUUUAUUUGACAUUUGCAUAUGGUCAAUGUGCAUAUGGUCGUAUAACACCCAUAGCAAGUGAUGAUGAAUGAAGGAUUAUUGCAUUUUUAUUUGUCUCUAAAUAUCAAAUGGAAAAUGAUUGUAUAAUUACUUUUCACCGUUAGGUUUUUUUGUAACAAUUAGGUAAUCGUUUCCAAGGGAGUCUCAUAGAAAGGACGGCUUACUAAAGGGAAACAACUGAAUUAUAAUCCUUUUUUUCAUUUGUAGAGGAAUAGGAUUGAUUGUCACAUCUUUGGUUUGAUAGUAUGAAUACAGUAAAAUAUGUAUCAGUCAUUAAAAUACAUUAUAUAAAUAAUAAUAAUAAAAACACUUGAAAAUGGAAGGAACACUUUGACGGAUCCAUGCAAUGAUUUUAAUGUGGUGGUGCAGAUGUUUGGCCUGCACACACACAGAAACACACACACACUGUCCUAAACAUGAAUGACAGCACCCCACAGAAGACACAUUACAGUUUUUCUCUAUUGGUUUGGCUCAUUUUUUGAAACAGAAAUGACAUUCUCAAAACAACAUGGACAAACCUGCAAACAACUUAGCAAUUUCUCAAUACAGAAUUGAAUUUCUCAUUCAUUUGGUUAAAUUGUAAAUGUCUAAGUACAUGUCUCAAUGUCUCAGUACAUCUUUGCAAAUGAUUAAGUACAUGUAGCCUACGUUUAGCACAAUUUCCAAGUGAAUAGAUCUUGUUGAUCUAAACUGAUUGUUGAUUCUCAGUCUAAUUGUUUUUCGCUCCAAAACGUCUCAGCGUAUUUUCAUUGUAUAAGUCAUCACAUGCACAAUAGUCUGUUCAAUUGUCAAAAUUACUCAAGAACAUAAUACCAUGAAUAACAUUUGAUAAAUUCACAGUAUUACAACAAUUGACAGUUAGGUGAAACUAGA